CAUUCCUCACCAAGUACACCAGAAAAAGUUAUAUUCAGUCAUGGAUUCAAGAGCAGUUCAAACUCAGGGGCACAAGAACGAUCAACAUCACCGCAAUCCUCACAACGUUGGGCCGCAAGGAGUGGCACAUGGGGAUGAACACAACCAGCAUGACCAUGAGAAGAAGACGGUUAUGAAGAAAGUAAAACAAAAGGCCAAGAAAAUUAAGGACUCCAUCACAAAGCAUGGUCAUAAUGACCAUGAACGUGGCCACGAAUAUCACUAUGAAGAUCAGCAUAUCCCUGAUGAUCAUGACUUGGAUGAAGAAGAUGACGACGAUGUAGUCCACAGAGCACCGAGUAAGCUCUUUUGUAGCACAUUUGAAUUAAUCAUUAUAUACCUUUUGAACAAUUUUAUUUAGUAACAACAAGUUUUAAGAUAAGAUCUGACAAUUUAGUAUUUUUGAAGAAGAUUGAAGCCUUAUAAUGAGAAAAAUGAAGAAGAAAAUGAUUUAUUGGGUUAGAUAAUGAUUUACAUGAUUGUUCUGCAGUUUACGACAGUGCACCUGGUAGAGGUGCAGCACGAGGGAAAGUCGAUGCUAUUGGGAGAAGUGGAGUUAAUUUAGGAGGUAUAGCAGUUAUGGGAGGAGAACCUCAUCAGGAACCAAGAGUAGUGGUUGUUUCUCCAACUACUGGAGUUAAUCAAAGCGGAGCCACUGAGCCAACUAUGACAUUUGUUGAGGUAGAGAAAGUAGUGCAUACUAAGGUCAAUCUGGAGGAACAAAUUCACUUGGAGGAAGAUCCUCAUGCUCCACGAAGGGCACCUCAAGCAUAUGCUCCACCAAAUCAUCAAACCAAAGUCAAAGAUCCAACUGGGGCAGGUAAGUUGGAC